AUUCUACUAGGACAGACAUACCUACAAGUGACUGAGCCAGUAAUCAUUAGAUUCUAUCAACAAUCCCAUCUUAUUAGUCCAGUUGAAACACCUAUAGAAUGUCUCGUCGUGGUGGCGUUAAUUAUGCGAAUCUAGAUAAGGGGAAUUAUUCAGAUGAUUCUUACGAUGAAGAAGUUGAAGAUUCCUCCAAAAAGGAUGACGAUUAUACAUAUGGAUCUCCAAAUAGAAAUAAUACAAAUAAUGAAGACGUUAAUAAACGUAAAAGAAAAGCUCAAGAGUCAGUCGAUGCUAUCAAGAAUGGACUUAGUGAUCAAGAAUUUUCUGAAGAUGAAUUGCUUGAUCUAACCCCCGACAUACCAGCAGAUUAUGUUCCCGAUGCUGUAUCCAAAGUUUUUGGUCGUUCUGAUUAUUCGUACUUGAAAUUAAAACCAGACCAUUUCUCAAGACCUUUAUGGAUAUCACCACUAGAUAGUAGAAUUAUUCUAGAAUCGUUCUCACCUCUUGCUGAGCAAGCCCAAGAUUUUUUAAUUACUAUUGCUGAACCUAUAUCCAGACCUUCACAUAUCCAUGAAUACACUAUAACCCCUCCAUCCCUAUAUGCAGCAGUUUCUGUGGGUUUAGAAACUGACGAUAUAAUAGCAGUUUUAAAUAGAUUAUCAAAAGUUCCAGUAGCUCAAAGUUUUAUCAAUUUUAUAACGAAGUCUACUGUAUCUUUUGGUAAAGUGAAGCUAGUUUUGAAACAUAACCGAUACUUUGUUGAAAGUCCCCAGGCGGAUAUUUUACAAAUGCUUUUGAGAGAUCCAAUUAUUGGGCCUUUGCGUAUCACAUCAUCGGAGCAUUCAGUAACAGGUACUGGAUUGGUUCAAUCUUCUGCACCCGCCCAAGGUGACUUAAGUAUACCGGGUACUAAAAAAUUGGAUGGCACUAGUAAUAAGGAGGGGGAACAAGUUGAGGAUGUGUUUGCAGCAGUUGUCGGUAAGAAAGGCGCUGAGGAUGACGAAGAUGAUGAUAUGGAUACUGUUCAUUCUUUUGAAAUAGCUAAUGAGUCAGUUGAAAUCGUUAAGAAAAGGUGUCAAGAUAUUGUUUAUCCCAUGUUAGAAGAAUAUGAUUUCCGUAACGAUGAUCGUAAUCCUGAUCUAGAUAUCGAUUUGAAACCUUCUACUCAAAUCAGACCAUAUCAAGAAAAAUCAUUAUCGAAGAUGUUCGGUAACGGUCGUGCUAGAUCAGGGAUUAUCGUCUUACCUUGUGGUGCUGGUAAAACUUUAGUAGGGAUCACUGCUGCUUGUACUAUUAGAAAAUCAGUAAUUGUUUUAUGUACUUCAUCUGUGUCAGUGAUGCAAUGGAGACAACAAUUUUUACAAUGGUGUACAAUUCAGCCGGAAAAUGUUGCUGUUUUCACUUCAGAAAAUAAAGAAAUGUUCGCUAGUGAAUCGGGGUUAGUCGUUUCCACGUAUUCAAUGGUAGCAAACACUCGUAACAGAUCUCAUGAUUCUCAAAAGGUUAUGGAUUUCUUGACUUCGAGAGAGUGGGGGUUCAUUAUUUUAGAUGAAGUUCACGUUGUCCCUGCUGCAAUGUUUAGAAGAGUUGUUACUACAAUUGCAGCUCACGCUAAGUUAGGUCUUACUGCUACUUUAGUUCGUGAAGAUGAUAAAAUUAAUGAUUUAAAUUUCUUAAUUGGUCCUAAAUUAUAUGAAGCCAAUUGGAUGGAUUUAGCUCAAAAGGGUCAUAUUGCUAAUGUUCAAUGUGCUGAAGUUUGGUGUCCUAUGACGGCCGAAUUUUAUCAAGAGUAUUUAAGAGAGUCCGCUAGGAAAAGAAUGUUGUUAUAUAUAAUGAAUCCUACGAAGUUUCAAGCUGCUCAAUUCUUGAUUCAUUAUCAUGAAAAGAGAGGAGAUAAAAUUAUUGUUUUCAGUGAUAAUGUUUAUGCUCUUCAAGAAUAUGCAUUAAAAUUAGGUAAACCGUUUAUUUAUGGAUCCACACCACAACAAGAACGUAUGACUAUUUUACAAAAUUUCCAACACAAUGAUCAAAUUAAUACAAUCUUUUUAUCUAAAGUUGGUGAUACCUCAAUUGAUUUACCAGAAGCUACAUGUUUAAUUCAAAUUUCAUCGCAUUAUGGUUCAAGAAGACAAGAAGCUCAAAGAUUGGGUCGUAUAUUGAGAGCAAAAAGACGUAAUGAUGAAGGUUUCAAUGCUUUUUUCUACUCUUUAGUUUCUAAGGACACACAAGAAAUGUACUAUUCUACUAAACGUCAAGCCUUCUUAGUCGACCAAGGUUAUGCUUUUAAAGUUAUCACUCAUUUAAGUGGGAUGGAGCAAUUACCAGAUUUAGCAUAUUCGACUCCUCGUGAAAGAAGAGAAUUAUUACAACAAGUCUUAUUGAAGAACGAAGAUGCGGCCGGAUUGGAAGUUGGUGAUGACGCAGAUACUAAUUUCAUACCAAAAGAUAAGAGAAUGAAGAUGGAAAGUAGUAGUGCUGCCUCUAGAACAGCAGGUUCAUUGGCAGGUUUAGCAGGGGGUGAAGAUAUGGCUUAUAUCGAAUAUAGCAAGAAUAAGAAUAAAGAAUUGAAGGAACAUCAUCCUUUGAUUCAAAAAAUGUACUAUAACAAACAAGCAAAGAAGUGAAGAUAGAUAUUUUAUAUAAUAC